UAUGUUCUUAUGUAUGCGUAGGAUGGAAUCUAUGGAGAUUGAUAUGCUUCAUUGCCAAAACAAACAUCUGUGUUAUGUUUUACUGUUUUCACAUUGUGUAUAUGAUAGGAUGUUUUAACAUCUUACAGCUGCUCUAAGCAAUUAAAAUAGUUUUGGUUGACCACUGAACAGAGCUGACAAAACAGUGAGUUAAAUCCAGCCAGCUUUUUAGCUUAUAUCACCCAAUUAUUUUCCUUUAGCCUCCCCCCCCUCCCACGUGGCUUUUGUCUGUGCAGGUCCCAUGAUCCCCAAGAUAGGCUCCCCGGGGAUCAAAGAGGAACCCCUCCUCUCUUUUUCAGACUAUAUAUUCAGACUACUGUUGCUGCAGUAGGAUUGUCCAGUCGCUCUGCAAGCCACAAAAGGUUUUGCUUUCCAGGAGUGCUCCAAGUACAAGCUGAAAAUGCACCAGUGGAAUGUAGUUUGGUUCACGUGGAGGAUGUAAUGAGACGUUGCUCCUCCAGAGGGAAAUCUCGUUAGGAGCAAACCUACAACUAGUGUGCACUGUGCUUUCUCUUCAGGUGUGAAAGUAUUUGAGACAGUCCAUGCCUGCCCCUGCAGGCUGAUCCCCAGAUUAAAGGUUUUCUGCUUCCUAUCUUAUAUAAUUAAGAAGCAUGUCAUUAGCAUGUUAAUUCAAAACCUGAAAUGAGCAGCUUCAGAUGUUACAUAGAGGAGUGAAAAUAGCAGUUGCCAGUCACUUGCAUAACUUGUCCUCAAGUAACAUCUUGCCAACAGCAAAGGUUUGUGAGCUGGCAUUUUGAAAAUGAGGGGAAAGUAUGUGAAAUUCCCUCAAGUAUUCUGUCCUUCUGGUGUUCUGCCUUCUGGUAUUCUGUGUGUGCUUAGGUUCUGAAAAUGUUUACUACUUGCUGCGUUUUUCCCUUCUGCUUUGAAUAGAGUUUUGUAUUAAAUAGUCAAUGAAAACAGUAGUUUUUUUUUAUUUAGAGAUCUCUUUACCUCUUUUUAUUCAGGUGACGUUGUUAUAUUUAAUGUCUUCUACGAAAUCUUCACUGUGUGCACUUCAAUAGUAGCAGAAGACCACACAGGGAAGCUGUAUCAUGCCAGAAAUCUGGAUUUUGGGCUCUUUCUUGGGUGGGAUGUUAAAAACAGUACUUGGAUGGUCACACAGAAAUUGAAACCAUUGAUGGUGUCACUGGACUUUCAGAGAAACAAUAAGACAGUCUUUCGUUCUGCCAACUUGGCAGGCUACGUGGGAAUGGUAUCGGGAAUCAAACCGGGCAUUUUUACUCUCACCAUGAAUGAGCGUUUCAGUAUUGAUGGCGGUUACAUUGGAGUCUUUGAGUGGAUCUUUGGGAAGAGAGAUGGUUGGUGGAUGAGCUUCCUUACUAGAACUGUCCUGGAAAAUGGUACAAGCUAUGAAGAGGUAAAGGACAAACUUGCCAACACAAGACUGCUGGCUCCAGCUUAUUUCAUAUUGGCAGGAAACAAGUCUGGACAGGGAUGUGUGAUUACACGUUCCCGAACUGCUGCCCUAGAUGUUUGGAACCUGGAUACAAAGAACAGCAUCUGGUACGUGCUAGAAACCAACUACGAUCGCUGGAAGGUCCCAUUAGUUGUGGAUGAUCGCAGAACUCCAGCAAUGAAAUGUUUGAACAAAACAUUGCAAGAGAAUGUCUCGCUACCAAAUUUGUACAAUGUUCUCUCCACAAAGCCUAUCCUUAAUAAGUUGACUGUUUCUACAACAUUGAUGGACGUCUCGGAAAAUGUUAUGGAGACUUACCUGAGGGACUGUCCAAAUCCCUGUAGUCCCUGGUGAGGAGUAAGCUUGCCGGAGGAAUGAAUGCUCUCCAGGGUGGACAAGAUGGCAAUUAUUCUUCAGCCAAGAACCUCCUUAGCCUGCAGAGUCUCUCAUGCACUGAUGAUCCACUGUAGCUCUUGGCUUCCUCUGCCUGGGGAAAGUGUGUCUUAAGAGAGAAACAUCCUGCUUCAUUAACUGCUUACAGUUCAGCAAACUGGCACUGAAUGUCCUGUCACUCUUACUUUCAAGUGUCUGCUUACCAUGAAUGAAACAAUUGCCCUUGGAUCCCUCUUCCUGCUCCCGCAGCUGUCUCUGUUAGGGUUUUAGAGGAUGUGUUAUUGUGCAAACUCGAUUCAGGUCCAGGGGUUUAUUUUAAGACUGAAGGUGAAAUAAAGCAGGCAGCCUUGUCAGUGGCUAAGGAAGUCUUUGCUGUUCCCUGGUUACUCCUCCAUUCCUGUUUCUCUCUCUCUCUCCCCCACACUGACCUGUUGCUGUGAGGCUAUCUGUAUGACUUCUUCUGGCCCUUUGGGAAAGAAGGAGAGAUUACACAACGGUCAGCGCAGCCUGUACAGAAAGCAGCACAGAAUUCUUCUCAGGGUGAAAAGCAACUCAGAGCUGUCCCCACCGUUUGUGAUUUUUUUUUCUUUUUGGGGGAGGGCGGGGACUAAGCUAGGAUAGUUACCCAGUGUUUACUGAGGGACAACCAGCACAGGCUUCUUGACCUUUGAAAGAUAAUAAGUCUGAUUGGGAUUCUAGCAGAAAGAGAAGGAAAGAUGUAACCACUCCUUUUCUGUUCACCAGGGCCUGGUCACUGUUGCAUUCACUCUUUUUUUAAUGCAAGCAAAUAAUCUCAAGUUGCUGGGUAGCUAACUUGAAGCCACGCACACCUGGUGGACCACGCACACCUGGCAGUGGUACCAUCAGGCCCUCAGGUCCUACCUGCCUCUUCUGCCACACUCUGUGGUCUGCUUGAUAUCAAGACCUAGAGCAGUGGCCUGUGAACUGUGCUGUGUGUGAGAACAGCUCCGCCUCGUGGUAUGCUUGCAGAAGCAGUUGGAUCCCACUCCUUGUCACUGAACAAUACCUUGCUCUUGUCCCGACCCCUGAUAAUUUGUUGAGGCUACCUAUGCUUCAGUGCUGCUACUUAAUAUUUUGACAAAUAUGCCUUUUCAUGUGUUCUUGAUUUUCGUUUUACAAUUAAAGAAAAUACAUUGGAGAAAAA